CUGCGCGAACGGAAAUCCAGAUCCAGAGAGUGGCACAAAGUUGCCAAAUAUUCGCUUGGGGGACUAGCGAAAACGCCAUCGAGGCAGAGUUCUAUCUUCGCGGUUCUCUUUCUUCGCUUCCACGGCGUCUACGAAUUGAGUACUUAACUGCCAACCGCGAACUGGGCGGUCUACGCCCUCCUCCCGCCUCGCCCCGCUCUCCCUCAUUUCCCCCAGCCACCAUCACCCUCCGUGCGCGUGUGAGUGGGGUGAAUAACAUAAAACAGACGGCAGAAGGCAAACGGCAAACGGCGAGCGCAUAACAGCGAACGGCGAAAGCAUAAAAUAAACAAUUCCAUUUCGGGCUGGUCAGCUGGGAGGAAGUUCUGGCCCCCGCGCUGCUGGUGGUGGCAAGCGGUGCAGUGGAGUAGCGGUAGCGGUAGUGGUGGGUGUGGGAUGUGCGUGCCCAGACAGAUCCGCAGCGCUUAGAGUCUAUUAUCUAUCCGGCCAGUGCUGACGCGUUGCGACUCCCAAUCGACGGAUUGCUGAAUCUUUGAACUCUGGCAAAUCUCAAGCAUCGAAAUGUGCUACGUUAUCAUCACCAGUGCCAGUCUGGUGUGGUUCCUCUGCUCCCUGGUGUCGGACAUGCUCGUCGCAGUGGCCCUGGUCACGCCCAAGUGGCUGGUGGGCCCCGCCCAAGCCAUCAACUCCAGCUCUAACCCCCAUCGCCAGUCCUCGGUGGGCAUUUACACGCGCUGCAAGGUAAUGCAGGAGGGGGGACUAUAUCAUUGCGGACGCUUCGACUUGGACGGACUGGCCACGGAUAGCAACGUUUACCCCGGAGAGUGGAAGGCAGCCAUGUUCUUCGCCUCGCUGGGAUGUAGCCUGCUGUCGGUCACAGUGCUGCUGACUUUGCUUACCUGUUGUCGCCAGUCGGCCUUUGGGAAGAGCAUCCACAACAUGACGGCCUGCGCCCAGGUGGUGGCAGCAAUAAGCGUGAUGCUGGCCCUCUUCCUGCAUCCGAUAGGCUGGGGGGCGCCCCGAGUUCAACGGCUGUGCGGUCCAGAUGCAGAGCCUUUCUAUCCCGCCGACUGCAGCAUAGGAAUCUCCUUCUACUGCGGAGUCAUCGGCGUACUCCUCACAUUCGCCGCCGCCGGCAUCAGCCUCAAGGCGGAGUCUUCCAACAUGCGCACACGCGUUUGCAGACGAGUAGAGGCGGGCAGCAAACUGGUCUGCAUUCCGUAGCUGGCUCCAGAUGCAUUGAGCACAACCUCCGACUUAGAGCGAGCAUACUUAACUUCAUUCUUGAAUUAACUUUAACAUUAGCAUAAAUAAACGACUAACAUUUUACAAUAGUAA